AUGAAGGGUCUUCCGUGCCUUGUUAAUACACACUACAAGCUCAACUCCUGUCUUCCUUUUAGCAAAGCCAAUUUGAGUUGUUAUGUGAACGUGGGCAAGGUGAGGAACUUGGGCUUCAAGGUGGACAAGAGUUUUUGGUCAAGCCAUGCUUCGUGUUUGGUUCAUCAGAGAAAGGAUAAUAAUGGGUUUGUGGUAGAAAGUGGAAGGUGGAGUUCGGUGGAAGAGUUGGAGAGAGAGGUUGAAGCUGAAAUGAAGACCCAAAAAGAUGAAAGGUUUAGGCAUAAGUGUGGAGAAGAAAAGGGUGUGGUUGAGAUGUUGGUGUGUUUGGAGAUGGAGGCAAUUAUGGGUGAGGAUGUGGGAAAACACCCUAUGGAUUACAACCGAAGGGCUCACAUAUUUGAUACAAGCUCUAGAGUCUUCCAAGCUCUUAAGGAGCUCAAUAGUCAUGCAUGA